AUGGGUGUUUUGUAUCCAUUGAGCAAAGACAGCCUCAGCAUCUUCACUGUCACCAUCUUCAGUCUCAUCACCAUCUUCAGCCUCUUCAUCUUCACCCUCACCAGCUUCAGCUUCAAUGAGACUGAAGAUGAAGAGGCUGAAGUUGGUGAGGCUGAAGAUAAUACUCACCAACUUCAGUGUCACCAACUUGGUGAGGCUGAAGUGGUUGCAGUCAAUGGUACUGGUGAUUCUUAUGAUCCGAUAAUGGUAGAUGACUUACCAGAUUGCAUUAUGUUGGAUUCGUCUGAAGAUGAAGAAGAUGAAGAGGCUAUUAUUGAAGCUGAAGCUGGUGAGGGUGAAGAUGAAGAGACUGAAGAUGGUGACAGUGAAGAUGAUGAGGCUGAAGAUGGUCCAAAUCAAGAUGAUGAAGUUGAAGAUGAUCCAGAUGAAGAAUAUGAUCCAGAGGAGGAUGACUGA